GGAAGGUGGAGGUGCUGCUGCACCUCCUUCAUUGUCUGAGUGAAUUCAGCAGGAGUGGAUCCGCCGCUCGGUUCAAUGUAAUCCCGUCUCUCCCCGGCUCACUCACUCAGUCGUCCGCCAUGGCGACCGCAGGAAGCCUCCUGAUCGCUGCGAGCUGUGUCUAAAACUCAUCUGGGAUUCAUUUUCCCCCAAUUUUUCCGGACGUGGAUGUAGUCUUCCCCUUCAGCUGGGAAAUACUUUCGUGUGGACAAGCCCGCAUUUCGAAACACGGGGGCUGAGCAGUGAGCAGUGCAGCACACCAUGGCAGAGCCAGACCCAGACACAAUCUCCUCUGGCGCAGGGCAGCGCCUCGGAGCUCCAGAGACCCUUGGCAUCAGUACGUUAGACCCCGGGCACAGACCUCCGGCCAUGCCCCCCGGACGACACGUCACCAUCAGGGUCCGUAUGCUGGAUGACACAGAGGAGCUUUUCGACAUCUCGCAAAAAGCCUCAGGCAAGGUGCUGUUUGACCUCGUGUGCUCCCACAUGAAUCUCAUUGAGGGUGACUACUUUGGCUUGGAGUUUCAGAACCAACAAAAGAUGAUGGUUUGGUUGGACCAUAUCAAACCCAUUAUCAAGCAGCUCAGGCGGCCGAAACACACAAUCCUGAGGUUUUCUGUGAAGUUUUUUCCCCCGGACCACGCCCAGCUACUGGAGGAGCUGACGAGGUACCUGUUUGCCCUCCAGAUCAAACAGGACCUUUACUGUGGACGUCUGACUUGCAACGACACCAGUGCCGCUCUGAUGGUCUCCUACAUUAUACAAUCUGAGAUUGGGGACUUUGAGGAGAGCCAGUGCCGGUCACACCUCCUCAACAACAACUACAUCCCAGAUCAAAUGCCCCUCAUUGACAAAAUCAUGGAGUUUCACUCAAAGAAUAUUGGUCAGACACCAGCAGAAUCGGACUACCAUUUGUUAGAAGUUGCGCGCAGGCUGGAGAUGUACGGGAUUCGGCUCCAUCCUGCCAAGGAUCGCGAGGGAACAAAGUUAAGCCUGACUGUGGCGCACACGGGUGUCCUGGUCUUCCAGGGACACACAAAGAUUAACGCCUUCAACUGGUCUAAAGUUCGAAAACUGAGCUUCAAGAGAAAACGCUUCCUCAUUAAGCUGAGGCCGGAUCUAAAUAGUUCAUGUCAGGACACUCUGGAGUUUUUAAUGCCAAGCAGGGACUGCUGUAAAGUCUUCUGGAAGAUCUGUGUUGAAUAUCACGCCUUCUUCCGCCUAUUUGAGGAACCUAAGCCCAAGCCCAAGCCGGUGCUCUUCUCACGAGGCUCCUCCUUUAGAUUCAGCGGUCGCACGCAGAAGCAGGUGAUUGAAUAUGUGAGAGAGUCUGAAUUUAAAAAGAUCCCGUUUGAAAGGAAACACAGUCGUGUUCAGUACAGCAGUCGGGUCCAACACAACAGUCGCCUGUCACCAUUGCCUUCUCCAAGCCACCGUGAAGUGCCAACAGACAGUGGUGCUCCUGGGGACAGAAUUGAUUCUCCUCGGCGUCAUUGGAAGGAGUCGGUCCUGGUGAGUGCAGAAGACCCCUCAGCUUCGCGGGCGAGGAUGAGCCCCUCGCAUCAGAGAAAUGGCCACGAAGAGAGAACAGGGUCUGUAUCCAGGACAGAGGAGACGAGGAGCCCAACACGACAGACCCACCCAGAACAUCUGAAUACAGGUGUGGUUUCCAACAGUCCUCACCUGUCCGCGUCCUCUGGACACUCCCACGGGAUGGUCAACGGUCAGAAGUCGCUGGAGCUGUGCAGUCACAGUCCCGACGGCCGACUGCCUUCCCCGCUCACCAGCCCGUUGCUCAACGACGCCUGCAGUGUUCGCACUGAUGAUGAAGACGAGGUUCGAAGGAAGAGGUUCCCAACAGAUCGAGCCUACUUCAUCGCCAAGGAGCUGCUGACAACAGAACGGACGUAUGUGAAGGACCUCGAGGUGGUGACCGUGUCUUUCCAGAGUGCCGUGGGACAAGAUGAGGCAACUCCGGACUCCCUGAAGGACGCCAUCUUCUCCACCUUUGAGCCUCUGCACAAGUUCCACACAGGUUUUCUCAGGGAGGUGGAGCAGAGGCUGGCACUGUGGGAAGGACGCUCUAAUGCACACAUUAAGGGAGACUACCAGCGCAUUGGAGAUGUCCUGUUGAAGAACCUUCAGGGUUUGAAGCCCCUGACAGCAAACCUGAGCAAGCAGUCUGAAAUCCUGCUGGAGCUUGAGAAGGCGUGCAAGGCGUCCCGAAGGUUGGAGGGUCUCUGCAGAGACUUCGAGCUGCAAAAGGUCUGCUACAUUCCCCUCAACGUCUUUAUUCUGCGGCCUUUGCACCGCCUCAUUCACUACAAGCAGAUCCUGGAGCGCCUGUGCAAACAUUACCCAGCUACUCAUGUGGACUUCAGGGAUUGCAGAGCUGCUCUAGCUGAUGUGUCUGAGGUGGUGGACCAGCUUCAGGGAAGCCUAAUCAAGAUGGAGAACUUGCAGAAACUUCUGGAGCUGAAGAAGGAUUUGAUUGGCGUCGACAAUCUCGUUGUUCCUGGUCGGGAGUUCAUCAGGUUGGGCUGCCUCAGUAAACUGUCUGGAAAAGGCCUGCAGCAGCGAAUGUUUUUCCUGUUUAAUGACGUCAUUCUAUACACAAGUCGAGGGAUGACGGUGACGAAUCAGUUCAAAGUGCACGGGCAGCUGCCGCUCCAUGGCAUGACAAUCAGAGAGAGUGAGGAUGAGUGGGGUGUACCUCAUGCCUUCACAUUGGUUGGGCAACGGCAGUCCGUAGUAGUAGCAGCUAGUUCUUUGGUAGAGAUGGAGAAGUGGAUGGAGGAUGUAAAGAUGGCGAUAGAAAUGGCAAAAACCAGCAACGGGCCUUCAUCUGAGCUGCUGACCAGCAGCCUGACAGACAACACGCCUCUCCCUCCUCCUCUUUCAUCAUCCUGCUCAUUGUCUAGCAGUAACAACCUCCUGACUUUCCCAGAAUGCCCAGAGGACUCCUCGGUGGAGGCAGAGUCCGAGGACGACAUGACAGCUCCCCACGCGUCAUUGGAGAAGCCCACGCCUCACCGUGGUAACACCAUGGUGCACGUGUGCUGGCACAGGAACACCAGCGUGUCCAUGGUGGACUUUAGCAUAGCCGUGGAGAAUCAGCUAUCAGGAAACUUACUGAGGAAGUUCAAGAACAGCAACGGCUGGCAGAAGCUCUGGGUUGUCUUCACCAACUUCAGCCUGUUUUUCUACAAGUCUCACCAGGAUGAUUACCCAUUGGCCAGCCUUCCACUGCUCGGGUACUCGGUCACUGUCCCCUCCGAGUCCGAAAACAUCCACAAGGACUAUGUCUUCAAGCUGCAUUUCAAGUCCCACGUCUACUACUUCCGAUCAGAGAGUGAAUACACAUUCGAGAGGUGGAUGGAGGUCAUCCGCAGCACUACUGUCCCCUCAAGUCGAGCUCGUGGUCUGAACGGCAAAGAGACCCACGCUUAAUGAGUUGGCUCACCUAGUUUCCAUACCCUUUCUCCUUCGGGUGGCAUCCGCCCGUCCUGUCCCACUCCGGACUCCUUGCUUUUCUUUUCUACGCAUAUCUGGGACAUUUGUACAUGUGUCCAUGCACAUUUGGUGCUUUUUAAUGCUUUAAUGGUGACAUGUCCGCUGGUUUAGACUGCAUCAGAGACUGCAUUUUUGGCAUUUUUACUCUCAACUCUGAAACCUCUUUUUAAGGAUGUCAUUUUAUACUGUUUUCUAAUGGUCUGAACCACUUCCUCUAUUUCUGGUUUUACAUUUUUGUCAUCGGUUGUUUUUAAAUGCAGGAACACAUUGAUACUAGAUAUUCAGUAUUCUUUCUUAGAUGGUUAAACUCUCACUGCAUUGUCAUAAACAUUUUGUCUACGUGUUCAUUCUACGGAAAACGGUCACCCUUUAACAGCUGAUGCUCUGAUCACACUUGGCCCAGCACAAAAAGAAGGAAAUGAAAUUAUUUUGUCGUAUUAUUGACGUAAACCUCGACAUUGUGGCCAGGGGUGGCUGCCAUCACCACUGAUGCCGUUUUAAGUGAAGUAAAUGUUCUAUUUGCUGAAAUUUGUUGUAUGAUUCCAAUCACAGAGUUUUGCUUUUUUAGAUAUAUAUAUAUGCAUAUAUAUAAAUUAACUCUGAAGUUCCCAUUCAGUUGUGUGAGAAAAUGUGAGAUGUGCUCAUAAUCGCUGCGUUAUGAUGGCAAGUGUAAUUGAAAGCUUUAAGGAUUAUGUGCAAAACAAAACAGAAACUUUCAGUUCCAAGCGAAGUUGCCCUCACAAAACUAGGCUGCCUCCCCCUAUAAACACAGAUCUGUUUAUGGGUCUGAAUGAAUGGAAAUAUGCAUUUGACAGGGUUUUGCAGUGAAGUAUAUGAGAUGGAAAACCUCAGUUCUGCCUAGAAUUGCAGCGUUUUUUCCAGACAGCAGAGAGCUCUUUGGAAAUGAAAGCAAUAAAAAAAAAAAACAUACUCAAACUCGGA